GUCCCUAACUCCUACCACUAGUAUCUUAUCGUCCAAAAAUAAAAUGUUACUAUGUUAUAAUUUUUAAUGACUAGAUAACAAAAUAUUUGUUUUUUUGUCGACCACAUCUUAAUUACAGUUGCUUGAAAUUUGGUUGGUUGCCUAUAAAUCAAAUCAGGGACAGGGUGUAUAGUGUAUACUAUAUAGUAUACAUUAAUAUUUGCUUUGUUUGAUUCAGUCAUCAUCGAACUUAUCUUCCUUCUUCGUUGAUCUUGAGAAAAUGUGGAAGGGUAUGAAUUUUCGAGAAGCAGAAGCAGCUGACUUGAUCAACUCUGAUUUCAGGGACCUGAGUCUUGCUGCUACCAAACUAGCCAAUCAUGCCGUCAACCUUGGAGUUGGCUUCGGCUUUGGAGCCUCCUUUUUCGGAUUGAUUGCUGCCAUUGCUGCUAUUUAUUUGUUGGUUUUGGAUCGUACAAACUGGAAGACAAACAUUCUUACAGGACUACUCAUUCCAUACAUUUUCUUCAGCUUGCCUUCAAUCAUUUUCAAUGUCUUCAGGGGAGAAAUUGGAAAAUGGAUUGCUCUAGUUGCUAUUGUAUUGCGCAUUUUCAUUCCUAAACACUUCCCAGAUUGGCUGGAAUUACCUGCUGCUUUGAUUAUUCUGAUCGUUGUAGCUCCUGGUCUAAUUGCAAACACCUUUAGAGACAACAUUGUUGGGGUGGUAGUGUGCCUUGUCAUUGCAUGUUAUUUGCUGCAAGAACACAUUCGAGCAUCUGGUGGUUUCAGAAACUCCUUCACUAAAGCGAAUGGCGUAUCAAAUUCUAUUGGCAUAAUAAUUCUGUUAGUCUAUCCCAUCUGGGCGGCUGUUGUCAUAAUUUUUUAGGCACCAGCAUUUGAACUUGGUUGAUAUGUGUGAAUUGAAACAACUGUAUUCUGUUUAAAUUUGUUGGAAGUUGAUGUCUUGAAACGCACUGUCACUGCUUCAUGUAGCACCCUUGUUCUUUUGUUUGCUUAUGUAAAGUAUCAAAUCAGAUCUCAUUGAAAGAGUUUGUAUUGAUUCAGUGUUAAAAAUAAAUGUGAUGAAGGGGAUUGAUGUAGUA